AUGGUUUCCCGGAGAGGUUCCGAUACAACGGCGAUUGUCUGUACCCUCACGGAAAGAUUCAGAAUUUCUAACUGGGUUUCGCAGCUGUCUGUCGCUAGUCUACUUGGAGUAGCUGGUCUCGUCUUUGCUCUUAAAAACGGCAGCCUAAAUCUCUUCUCCGGCGCCGGAGAUGAUUCUUUUCUCGUACCUGGCCUGCAAAAUCUCGGGAAUAAUUGUUUCCUCAACGUCAUCCUUCAGGCUCUCGCGAGCUGCAAAGAUUUUCGGAGUUUUCUUCAAUGGGUUAUAGAGGAUACAAGAGCAGGAGAUGAGGACCAACACUUUCCUCUUACUUUUGCUUUGUCUACUUUACUAGAAGAGCUCUGCACUGUGGGAAGAAGACCAUCUGUAUCUAGCCCUCGUAAAGUUAUGCUGGCAUUGGCUCAUUACGUCAGAAACUUCAAUCUGACUAGCCAACAGGACGCAGCAGAAGCUCUGCUUCAUCUAAUAUCUUCAUUGCAAGAAGAGAUUGUGGUUUGCUAUCGUCCUACCAAAAGUAGUAAUCUUUCGGAUAUAAUGUUUUCUCGCAACCUGAGAAUGGUUGCGCCUAGUGAAGGCCUCCAUGGUUUGAUGGAGCUCAAGAGAUGGCAUAAACAUCUGCGUGGACCAUUCGAUGGGAUCCUUGGUAGCACGUUGAUGUGUCGAAUCUGUUCGUCUCAGAUAUCGUUGGAGUUUCAGUUUUUUCAUACUCUGCCUCUUUCUCCUUUACUCCAUACUGGUAGCUCCAACAUUAUGUUAGGAUGCACUUUGGAGAAUUGUCUGAAGAAGUUUCUUGACGCCGAGAAAGUGGAAAACUACUUGUGCCAAAGAUGCUGGCAUGGUGCUGCACUGAAAUUUCUAUCUGUGAUGAGAGCACCAGAGACAGAUAUCGAAAAGGUCAAGAGCUGUAGCAGAGACGGCGACCAAUGCGAGUGUAAAACUUGUCUUCAUCUUGAAAGAAUGCCAUGGUCAAAUAGCUAUUCCCAUAUAUUGAAGCAAUUAUUUAUCGCCCGUUUCCCAAAGCUUCUAUGCAUUCAAGUGCAACGUGCUUCGCUAAACAUGUUUGGAGAAUCGGUCAAACUAUCGGGACAUAUCGCAUUCCCGCUUGUCCUGAACCUCUCCUUGUUCACACCGUCUUCAAUAGGAUUCAUAGAAAAGACUCAGAUGUCGUCACAAAAUCCAGAAGCAUCAAGAGACUGCGGCAUGUAUAGGCUUGUUACGGUGGUGGAACAUUUUGGGAGAGCCGGAAGCGGACAUUAUACUGUUUAUAGAAGUGUGAGAGUUGCAUCACAAGAGGAAGAGGAAGAAGAUUGUGAUGAUGAUGAUGAUGAUGAUGAUGAUGGCCAUUGCGAGGAUUUGAGCUGGUUUAGUAUAUCUGAUUCACAAGUCUCUCGAGUUUCGGAGAGUGAUGUUCUUGGUGCUGAAGCCAGCGUGCUCUUCUAUGAGAUGCUUUAA